UGAAAAAGUAAAUCUACUCUACGAGUGUUUGACAUGUGCGCUUUUGGCGUUCCAUAGUACCGCAAGCAACCAAAAACAGCGAAACCGCGUCCAUGGGAACGUAAUUAAAAGAUUUGGACAGCAGUCAGCAGUAUGGGAGAGCUAGCUGAGAGGCAGGCAGUUCUAGAGGCAAUGUUUCAGCAAUAUGACACUGAAAACUCAGGGGAACUGACUCCUAACCAGCUACAAGCGUUGCACUCAAGCAUACGGUUUGGUGGGAUCAGUCUACCACAGGUGAAGGCUGCCAUGUGUUACACGUGUAUGUGCGAUGAUGUUGCCUGUGAACAGGAUGAACUAUUUGAUGUUCUUCAAGAGAUGGAUAGACGCUAUUUCUUAGUGCAAGAUUUCCGUUGGGAAUUCUCACUUCUUGAUGCUCACCAAUCUGACUUUAUCACCGAGGAUCAAGGAAGUUCAAUAUUAAUGAAGGUGGGUGUAGAUCAAGAAGAAAAACUCAAGACAGAGAUGAAUGAGAAACUAAAACAAAAGGAGGAAGAGGAGCGAGGUAAAAAAGAAGCAGAAGAAAGAGAGCGACUUGAUAAGGAGAGGAGGGACAGAGAAGAAGCAGAAAGGCAAAGAGAGCUUGAAAUCAUUGAGGUUCAGCAAGCAUUAGAAGCUCAGCGAGAAUUAGAAAAAAAGGCAAAAGAACUUGAGGAACAAAAGAAACGAGAAUUAGAAGAAGCUAAGGAUGAUGAAGAACAAGCAAAGCUCGCAGCAGAGAGAGAAAAAAUAGCAGAGGAAGAAGCAAAGAAAGCAAGGGAGGCUGCGAAGCUUGCCAAAGAUGCAGCAUCCAGACAAGAAGCUGAAGAGGCUGAGAAGGCAGCCAGGGAAAAAGCUAAACAGGAGAGAAACCAGAAAAUUCGUCGGGAGCUUAAGGUUGCCAUCAAGAAACGUGAUAAGAAGAUGCUGGUGAAGUCGGUGGAAAAUUUUAAGAACGCUAAGCUAGCUGACACUGAUAAAGACCUACCAAAGGCAGAGAAGAUACUCAAAUUAUUUAAGGCAAAGGAUGAUUUGGAAGAUGCUAUGGAACGAAGAAAUUUGGAAGACCUGGAGAAGUCAAUUAACUUUGUCAAGAAGAACACGUUUGAAGCUGAUCUCCCGCAUGAGAUGAUCCGAGCCAACAAGAUGCUGAUCAACUUAAAGCGACUGAAGCGUUUACGCGACGAGAUCCUCAACUUGAAACAGAGCACUGUGGCUGAGAUCCGUAGCUAUAGCAAGCCUCCGCGGGUUGUCCACCAAGUGAUGAUUGGCACAUAUCUGUUGCUAGGCAACAAGGAAAAAACCUUAAAGGAUUGGAAAGGUAUGCAAGCAUUGAUCGGUAAGACUGGUAAAGAUGGACUUAAGCGGCGUGUCAUGGAGUUUAAGCUGGAAACAAGUGACACUGGUAUCGCAGAGAGGAGCAAGGCCAUCCUGGACGAAUUUGAUCUGGAGACCGUUAGGGAUGUCAGCGCUGGCGCUGCUGUCUUCUAUGCAUGGGGUACUGCUACCAUUGAAGAAAUUAUUGAUUACCACAACCAGAAGAAAGAUGGGGAAGAUGUCAGUGGAAAGGAAAGUGGUGCCAAGAAGACAAUUAAGCUUUCCACACAGAGUGGUACACUCACAGUUAAAAUCUAGCAGUAAGGUACAAUGAUAAAACAGCAAGAUGUUUAUUGUUUAAAUAAUGA